UGCGCGAGGAAAUAGUGCAUACGAAAGAUGGGCAAGGCCGACGUAGUGAGAUGCGCGUGUCUGCUUUGCCUCGCGAUCAGCGUCAACAGCGACAAUUGUAGGGUCGCUUUCAGAGAUUAUCCGGAUGCCCACGAAGUGAUCGAGCCGUCGUACUUGAUCGACUUGUCGAUCAAAAACACCGUGCACGGUUUGGCGACCACGUACUUUCCGGACACUCAGUACGACAUAAUAAUACGCCCGAAAAACACCACUCUGUCGUUCAAAGAGUUCCACUUCAAAAUAGAAAACGUGAACAGCAUCAGAAGCUACGGAGCUUUGGACCUACGGGAGCCGGAAUUCACGACGUUCGAUACGCAAGCCUACUGCAUCAAUCGCGUCAUCAAUCUGGCCACGCCGAACAAGCCAAACGUCACGAUCGGUUGGCAGAGCCCACCCUCGAAGAGCGGCUGCAUCCAGAUGAUAGCCUACGUGAAGGAAACCGAGCUCCGCUAUCACAACGCCAAUCUGACCGUGUGCGAGGAUCCGAGAAUCGAGUUGGACGAUCCCGGCCAGAUCGUUAAGAAUUGCAGCGCUUGCGAGCGGGUCAAAUACGAGAUGACUUUCAAGGGAGUCUGGUCGAAGUACACGCAUCCUCGAAGUUUUCCAGUUAGAGACUGGUUGGCUGGCUUCCCCACUGUGAUCGGCGCGACGCACCAUCACGACUACAAAAUUUGGGAAGUCCACACGAGAGCGAGCGAAGCCAUGAGAAAGUUCGCCGAGACCGGCGACUCCGUCGAUUUGGAAUUGGAACUCAAGGCUCAAGCUACGAUGUCCGGCGAGAGGAUGGACAACGUCACCACGAUCAUCAAGUUACGCGGGACGAAUUUCAAAAAUAAGACGCAGGCUCGCGCUCAGCUGCAGGUCGACAGGCGGAGCCACGUGGUCUCGCUCGUCGCUAGAAUAAAUCCGUCGCCCGACUGGUUCAUCGGGGUGUCGUCGCUGGAGCUGUGCGCGGGCGACACUUGGCUGGAGGACAAAACGCUGAACCUGUACGCGUACGACGUCGGCUCGAGGACCGGCCUCACCUUCGAGAACAACGCCUAUACGGACGACGUGAUCAACCGCAUGAACAUGAGCUGGCCCGUGCCGCCGGCCGGCAGCGGCCUCAGGCCGCCAUUCUGGGACCCGACCAACAACACCCACGAGGUGAGACCCAUGGCGAUCAUCCACUUCAGACGAAUGCGAACGUUCGGCAACACUUGCCCGAGGAAGCCCGAGGAACAGAAAACCGACGAGGAUUGCUUCGGCCAGUGGUAUCGGGAGAAGGAGUGCAGCGCCACGUGCGGCGAGGGCCUGCUGACCUUCAAGAGGGACUACAAAGAGGGCGUCAACGCGAGCUUGUGCGACGGCAAAACCAGCAAGACGGAGGCCUGCGAGAAUCUCGGCGCGUGCCCGGCGAAGAUCGACGAGCAGCGCUGCCAGCUGACGGAAUGGUCGGGCUGGCAGCCGUGCGCGGCGACCUGCGGCCAGGAGGCCAUCGGCCGUACUCGCAACUUCAAGGACUCCAGCUACCAGUCCGAGUGCAAGAGUCAGUACCCGGACUGGCACAUGCACGAGUUCAAGGAUUGCGGCCACCCGCCUUGUCCCAACGUCGAGCCCAAUUGCAACGACUCCCUGUACGAGAAGUGGCAGAAUUGGGGAGAGUGCUCCGUGACCGUCGGCCUGGGAAUUAAAUACCGGCUGCGAGCUAAACUCUACCUCAUCGUGGUCAGCGAGGACGUCCCGGAGGACGCCGGCUACGUUGGCUGCACCUACGAGAAGGCCGUCUGCGAAGGCGUCGACCCCAGAAGCAUCACCGAAGCGCCGAUCGUGGAUCGCUAUGCCUCGGGGAGAGAGAUUUCGACCGCUCGUCCGCACGGCAAACCACCCGAAUGCCUGCUCGAUAUCGAGGAGGGCGAGGCCUGCCCUGGGAAGAUCGACGAUUCGUCCAACAGAUGGGGAUACAACAAAGAUUUAAACGAGUGCGAGCCCUUCCGGUACAGAGGCUGCGCUGGUAACGAUAACUCGUUCGACGAGAGAAAGGAAUGCUUCAGAGAAUGCGUCAUCGGGGAGCUAUCGGAUUGCCUGAUGGAGUGGACCGAAUGGUCCAUCUGUAGAGACUGCGUCAAAGAGCAGACGAGAACGAGACUAGUCAAGGUGCCUCCAUCUCGUCAUGGUAAACCCUGUCCUAAAUCUGGCAAUUUGGAAAGAAAAUCGUGCAAUCGCCUCCUCGAAUGCGAGUUAUUAGAUAAAAAAUACGUAUGAGACGCGUACCAUUCGAAGUUCAUUUCUGCUUGAGAACGUGUUCUGCGAGGCGAGACGAGAAGUAUUUCAAUUUCAAGUUUACUUUCAUGACAUCUACAACGGAUAUUUACGUGGAAUAACUUCCAAGAAGUUAACGUUUUCAAGGGGGAUUUUAAACGAUCGAAGAGGAAGAACAUCGCCAACUAACACUGACAGUCUUAGUAUCCUCCCAAUAACAUGUUCAUUUUAAUUAAUCGACUCAAAAUUAUAUUGUA